GUUGCUAACCAGAUAUAAAUGUAGAGCAAUGUUCUCGUCAACCCCAUUCAGAACUUUAAUUUCCCCAAGAUUUCCAUUCCUAACUUGAACAAGUUUUACCCCAUACAAAGAACAAAUCGUACCCCAUGGAUACUUCCACCACCCCGCCUGCACCACAGCGACCGCACUUCAAGCGGCCUGUUUACAUUCCUCCUGUUAAGGGGAAUAUUGGUAAAUGGUACCUCCCAACCAUGGGAAUGAUAGCCCUCGGCUUCGGUGUCUACAAUUACUACAACACCCCCACUCCCGCCUACGACCCCGAGGAAUCAGAACGCCUCCUCCGAAACAAAGCAUUGAUGGAUGCAUACGGAGACAAAGAGACCUUACAAGAUAUCGAGCGCGCGUUCGCCCUCUAUGAGAUUCAGUAAUCUCUGAUUCUCUGAAUGAAUGAUCAUGAUCUCGGACUGGUUCUGAUAGGAUAGUAUACUGCAUUUGUGGAGUUUGGGUGCUUGCUUGGUUUGUAGCGAGAUGAUUCGCUUUAUUUUGUUUUU